AUGGCCGUUCGAGCAGUUGCCACCUGCUCCAUCUUCCGCCCUCCCUCUCCGCCGCUCUUCUCCUCCGCCCUCCGCCUCUUAUCCUCUCGCUCCCGCUCCCUCCGUCUUGCAGCCCAAAUCCAGGCCCGUUCCAUCCACUCCCUCUUCGACUGCAUCAUGGAAGAGCUCCGUGCUACCCGCAAACGCCGCCACAAGCGUGUCUCCACCGCCGCUUCCAAGUACCCUGCUACUCUCUCCCUAAGCAAUGCUUACUCCCAUAUCUUCUAUUUCAAAUCGUGUAAACAACCCAUGGGAUUGUUGAAUGAAGAGCUUGUUGAAGAUAGACUUGUGAACCGUUCAUUGCAAAAAGGGUUACUUUUGGAAUUCAAGAAGGAUUCCGAUAGAGUAUUGCUAGCAGUAGCUCAGAGACCUGAUGGCAAGAAGAACUGGAUGGUUUCUGAUCAGAAUGGUGUCACUUCUUCCAUCAAACUGCAACAAGUGACAUAUAUUGUUCCUGGUAUUGAUAAUUUUGACCAAGCGGAUAUUGCAGAUUUUGCACUUAAGGCUCACGAUAACAUGGACCCAUCCCUACUUGAAUAUGCUUGGGUUGAGCUCCUCGAAAAGAAUAAGUCUGUCACAGUUGAAGAGUUCGCUGAGAUAAUUUUUGGCAGCACUGAACCCCUUGAGAGCUAUUCUGCUCAUCUCUUGCUAUCAAAAGAUGAAGUAUACUUUACUGUAUUGGAGACUAAAGGAUCUCGAUCCAUUUACGGACCUCGAUCAAGUGGGCAGGUUGAGGAGCUUAUUCGCAGGAAGCUUGCAAAGGAGGCUGCUGAGAAAGAACUUCAAGAGUUUAUUGAAUUCCUGGCCUCUGUGAAGUCCAUGUCUUCACAAGAUAAACCUCCAAAAUCUUCAUGGACCAAUGAUGAGAAAAUUUGGAGAAGAAUUGAGUCACUUGUAGCAUAUGCCAUUGAUGCAUGUAAAAAUGAUGAACAAAGGAAAACAGCUGGGAUGAUACUGAAGGAAUUGGGUCUGGCAAAAACAGCUUCCUCAGCUGUUAAACUUCUGAUAGAUAUUGGAUAUUUUCCUGUGCAUAUCAAUCUUGAUCUGCUGAGGUUGGGAAUUCCCACUGAUCACUCAGAAGAAAUCAUAUCUGCUGCUAAGACUAUUUUACUGGACACAUCUGAUCCAGACGAGGAAAAAAUCUACAUUGCACAUGGGCAAGACAAAGUCAUGAAUAGAGUAUUUAAGUACAGGACAACACUCACUUCACAAGUUAGUUAUGUGAGGUAG